UAUAUAUAUAUAUAUAUAUAUAUAUAUAUUUUGGUGAUUUUGUCGCUAGUAAAGCAGAUUUACAAGUCUUUUGAAAGUCGGUCGGUGCAGACGCUGCUAAAUAUGGCAACAAAUUAUUGUUUCCGCCUCUGGGUCGAUAUUCACCUUCCCGGUACCAUGAGUAAAGCUUUUGAAGAGGGAAUUUCCCUUAUUCGGCUCUUAUAUAUUAUUGCUUGGUGUUGGGAGGCAAAGGCAAACUACUGCAUCCGUUUGUUUCAGGUUAAUCACUCAGAAUUAUAAUGGAAGAGGACAUGUCAAGCAUGAUAUCAAAUGGCAGAGUGAAUGCAACCGCUGAAGAUUCUGAUUCGAGCAGCACCACUUACCCGCUUCCUGCGAAAAAGCGUGCAAGACAUGGUAGCAAUGUCAUUAUGAGAUUCAAAGGUGUUGUACCACAACCAAACGGGCAUUGGGGCGCACAAAUAUAUGCCAAUCACCAACGGAUUUGGCUCGGCACUUUCAAGUCGGAAAAAGAAGCAGCCAUGGCUUAUGAUAGCGCGGCCAUCAAGCUUCGGAGUGGAGAUUCCCACAAAAACUUUCCAUUGACUGACACCACUGUUGAAGAGCCAAACUUUCAAAAUCUGUAUAGUACUGAAGCUGUCCUCAACAUGAUAAAGGAUGGUUCGUAUCAAUCGAAGUUUGAAGAGUUUCUAAGGACGCGUUCACAUAUUGCGGAAACAGAGAGUAGUUUGAACUUGGCUAGGCUGCAGAGUAAAGGAGUAUUGUGCAAACAACUUUUCCAAAAGGAGCUUACUCCUAGUGAUGUUGGAAAGCUAAAUAGGCUUGUCAUCCCAAAGAAAUAUGCCAUUAAGUACUUCCCACGUAUUUCUGAAACUGCUGAAGAUAAUGCAGAAGGGGGCUCCUCCAUGGAAGAUGUGCAGCUAACUUUCUAUGACAGAAUGAUGAGGUCAUGGAAAUUUCGUUACUGCUAUUGGAAGAGCAGCCAGAGCUUUGUGUUUACAAGAGGUUGGAAUAAGUUUGUGAAGGAGAGAUAUUUGAAGGCUAAUGAUAGUAUUAGUUUCUACUUGUGCGAGUGCAAAGAAGUAGCAAAAGAUGCAAACUCAUUCUGCAUCAUUGAUGUUAUCAGGGGUGAAAACAGUGACAGAUUGGUUUAUGAGCAGGCAAACCAAUAUGUUGGGAAGCAGCUGGAACUAAGGCUUGAAGUAACUCAUCAUAUUGACAAUGAUAUUGAUGAGAAGAAACUUGAAGAGGAACUCAAGGGACUCAAGCCAACACAUGAAACUGAAAAAAAAGGUUUUAGGCUCUUUGGCGUACAAAUCAUCUGAAGCAUAUAUGAUUUGCUAGUGGAAAUUUUUUUUGGGGGGGUAUUAGGUUGUCUCAGAUUUCUCAUUAGACCCUAUAAUAGUAUUGCCUCAAAUUUUUUGCUUGAGGUAUAUAUAUAUAUUUAGGAGAUUUAGGCCUUUUGAUGAACUAUCCGUUCUUUAGAAAGAUACCAUUGUUUGGAUUACUUCUGAAGGUUUUUAAUGACAUUAUACUGAUAACAAGCAACUAAUUUGAGAGAUAAAACAGUCAUACAUGAAUUGUUAAGCAUGAAAAGAUAAUUCCAGGAAAUCAGUAAUUCUGAUUUACUGAUAUUGUGGAUUGAUAUAAAUAACAUUAAUUGUAUAGUGCA